UCAACCAAAGGAUCAUCCAUCGAGAUGGAAACUCGUCACGCUAAUGGUAUACCGUCGGCGACGGAAACGGAGGCUGGACCAUCGAGCGGCGAGCAAUGCAGCGGUUCAAGCAACUCGCUGGACGACGCAGUGGGCAAACUACUUCAAGGUUACGAUUGGACCUUGCUUCCGGUCACUUCUCGCGCCGGAGGACGAAGGAGCGCUCACGUGAAACGUCCGAUGAACGCGUUCAUGGUUUGGGCCCAAGCGGCGAGACGCAGGUUGGCUGAUCAAUACCCUCAGCUUCACAAUGCCGAGUUAUCAAAGACGCUUGGAAAAUUGUGGAGAAUACUGAGCGACGGUGAGAAGCAACCGUUCAUCGAGGAAGCCGAGAGACUGAGGAACGCGCACAAAAAACAACAUCCGCAUUACAAGUAUCAACCGCGGCGACGGAAACCGAAACCGGAAGAGCAAAUGGGCAUCGUGAUGCAUCGGACUACGCUAUCGUCUUCGGCCACUUCGCUCGACUCUGCCAACUCGUCCGACUGCACGUACCCUCGUCUCUAUCCACCGGAUACCGGCAUGAAAACGUACGACAGACCGAGUUACCACGACACCAAAUCCACCUACGAUCUCUCCAGGUCUUCCUGGCCGAACGACUCGGCCAAGUACCCGAUGGAUCAUCCGAUGGACAAACCGUACGACGGUACGAGAUACGAGGCGAGCGUGGCCAAAAGCUACGUCGAGUCGAAGUGUUACGAGACCGUGAAAUACCACGACGUGUCCACCGUACCAAAGUAUCACGAAACGAUUCCAAAAUACUCGGAAUUACAGGCGAAAGCUUACGAUUUGCCAAAGUACCCGGACAGCUUGAAAUACGCGGCCGAUGUUACGAAUCCGACGAAACCAUACGCCUGUCUACACAGCCAAUAUUACUCAGCACCGUGUACAGAAGGGUACACCGUCCACGAGGAGAACGAUUAUCAAACGCAACCGGUAUCGAGCCAUUCGUUUUAUCCGUACAUUUCCGCGUCCAUGAGCCAACCGCCUUACUACAUGGGACCUAGGUAGAAUUUUCUCCUUAUUUUCUUUUCGCAACUUUCU